AUGAAUAUCAUGCGCAAACUGAGGGGUUCGAGCGGUGGGGGUGGCUUUGCUGCUUCAGGCACUCAAGAUGAAGCAAGUGGCAAUCCACAGCACACUGCCCUCGGGCUCAUGCACUUAAAGAAACUCUUUUCUGAGUACUCCCACCCUCAGCAUCCUCUCAGUGAACAAGAACGCCACAAUAAACUUUACAACAUGCUGCCACUUUUCUGCAAGGUAUUUGGAAACUGUCCAACAUCAGACAUGAUUGAUAAAUUUCGUGAUAUCCUUGCAUUUUGUCACCAAGUGUCAGCAUUGAUGGUUGCGGAAAUUCGAAAACGUGCCUCUAAUCAAUCCACGGAGACAGCAUCAUGUUCCAUUGUUAGCUUUCUUGAAAUUGGUUCCUCUGAGGAAUCCAGUAAUGGAUGGAUGUUGUUAUCUGCUCUCAACUUACUUGCAGCUGGAGAUCUUAAACUUGUUCAGGUGAUGACAUCUCUGUCUGUUCCCUCAACACUGGUGAAGUGUUUGUAUUUGUUCUUUGAUCUACCUGAAAUGAAAGACGCUGAUACUGCUGAACCUGGUAAUGAAUUUACUCCCCGAGAACGUCGUAUCCUCUUACAAAAGAUUUUUGUGCAGAUGCUGGUGCGUCUGUGUAGCCAUGCUUGUCCAGCUGAAGAGUUGGCCCGUAAAGAUGACUUAAGCCUUUUAUUUUCUGCUAUCACAUCAUCUUGCCCUUCACAAAAUGUGAUGUGGCGGAAAAGUGCUGCAGAAGUUCUUAUGACGAUAUCUCGACAUGGACUGACAAAACCAGUUGUCAACUACAUUCACAACAAGGGCUGUGUUCAUUUGUGUCUUGAAAACAUGCAACGAGCCAAAGAGUUAUCUCCUUUGGAAAUAGUAGAAAUGUUUGUUGCUGUUUUCUGUUUCCUGAAAGACUCAAGUGAAGUCUCUCAGACACUUCUGGAUGACUUCAAGACCUGUCAAGGAUAUGCUUUCCUGUCUGACUUUCUGCUCAAGCUUGAGCAGGAGAAAGGCUCAGAAUCUCAAGAGGCAACCCGGAAUCUAGUUCUGAUGUUAGCAUCAUUAUCCACUUGUGGCUUCAAAGAAUUGAGACCUAGCCCAGCAAGCCAAGGCUCCUUGUUUCAGAUGGGAGGGUUUGUUCUUCCACAGCCAUCUGGUCAAGGUGCCAGUGUCCGCAAUAUUUCUGCAUUCCAAGUCCUUCAGACAGCAUUUUUGAAGUCGAAUUGCACUGGCCUGUGUUCUUCUAUUCUGGAUGCUAUAUCUGGUGUCUACCAUGCAGAUAAUGCUAACUAUUUUAUUUUGGAAGACCAAAACACACUGUCUCAAUUCGCUGAGAAGAUCCACUUAAAACCAAAAGAAAUACAAGACAAAUUUUUCCAACUUCUUGAAUUUAUUGUGUUUCAACUUAACUUUGUCCCAUGCAAAGAACUGAUAUCUUUGUCAAUAUUGCUCAAAGGCCAGGCAUCACUCCCAUGCAGUAUAACAUGCAUGAGAACUUUGCUGAAUAUUUUGAAACACAAUACUAUAUUUAAAGACGUCUAUCGUGAGGUGGGAAUCCUUGAAGUCUUUGUCACAUGUCUGACUCGGUAUGCGAACCUCCUUAAAGACAAAGAACAAACUUUGGAGCAAAACAAAGAUUAUGUCAUUCCAGAAGAGGAAGUGGAACUAGGGAUGCUAGUCAUUGAGGCAUUAACUGCAUUGCUAGCUGGCAAUGUCAGUAAUGCAAAUGUAUUUAGGGAGUGUGGUGGGGCAAGGUGUGCUCACAAUCUUGUACCCUAUUUGGAUUGUCGUAAGCAAGCCUUGGGUAUUGUCCGUGAACUCAUGAUGGGAGCUGGAGGAGAGGAUGAUAUGGGGACUCUACUAGGAAUGAUGCAUACAUCUCCUUCUUCAGCUCUAGAGCUUAAGACACAUGUACUCAAGUCCUUGCUACUAUGCUUGCGAGAGAGUCACAGAACACGUACUGCCUUCCGUAAAGUCGGUGGGUUUGUGUAUGUAACAACUGUGCUGGUUUCAUUAGAAGGGCGGCUUGGUGAAGAUAAUGCCCAAAACUCUGAAGAUAUUGAUCAAGUGCUGACACUUUUACACACAGUUUUUAAUACGUUGACAGUCGCUAUGCGAUUUGAACCUGCCAAUGCCAAAUUCUUCUUGCAAGAGAUCUGCACAUCGAGUCUUUGUGAUUCCUUGCGUUUUCUUGGAUGUUUCACAUCCCAAAAAUCUUUGCAAGACUGUGAUGAAACCUUAAUUGCCAAAGAGGAAAACACUUUUUACAAUGUGUUCAUUGGCAAUGUCUUGGAGCCUAGCUUUCCUGAGCAAAUACCUCGGAGCUUGUCCUUUGCAUGCCUCGUACUUAGGAUGCUCUAUGAUGUUGCUUUGGACGUUUAUGACAAGCCAAAUGUCACUGCCAUUAUAUCAUUCAAGUCCCCAUCACAUCGUAACAGAAACAGCAUUGAGCCACAAAGAUCCUUAGAAUCACCAUCAGGGACAAGGCGAGUGAAUACCUUGAAUCUCACGCCGCCGCCUCCUGAUGCAGUCGUUGUACAUCCUGGUGUUGUCUUGGCCAUUUGGAGGCUCUUGCCUUCCAUUCACCACAAUGAACAUUCGCAGGUGGCUCUUACUCUUCAACUGUUUGCGGCUGAGAUUCUCAAAUCUUUAGUUCGAUCUGAGCGAAAUCAACAGGUCAUGUGCGAAGCUGGCCUUCCAGGCCAACUGCUCCAAUAUGGAUCUGUGGCAUUGGAAGAUGAGACUCAUGCAUUACACCAACCUCUGCAGUACAUGCUAGAAAGACUGGCCGCACAAGGAUUGGAGCCCAAGGACCUGAGAGAUUUUCUCCGGCUGGGAGACCCUCUUUGCUGCCUGCCUCUUGAUGACUACCACCAUGGCCGAGCUGGUGGGCCCGUCCCGCUCACCAGAGUCAAGACCAUCGUCUCCAUGACUACUCCUCGAGACUUCCGUGCACACCAAACUAGUCUGCCGCCCGCGUUCGUUGAGUUUGACAUGUCUGCGGAGGGCUUUGGCGGCCUAUACCUGCCCAGCAUCGCCCCGCAGGGACCGUCGGGCGGCUCCGCCAUCGUGGGGGCGACCCUCAAUGCUGCUAUUGACAACAAUGUGACAGGAGGGAUUGGAUCUGGUGACCGCGUCUUUCCGCCUCAAACUGGCCUUACCUACUCCACCUGGCUCUGCGUCGAUAAGUUCAGUGACCCACGAACGGAUCCACACCCUGUGCGCUUGCUGACUCUGGUGCGAAAUCUUCCUGAGAGCCAUCUCAUAUGUCUGACUGUUCUUCUCUCUGCUCGGGAUAAAGCCAUCAUAGUGAGCACUCACGAGACUCACAUGCCCCAUAAUGUGGGUGAUUGGGAGCCAGAGGGACUGGGGGACUGUUCUGCUCGUGUCUGGUGUCCUGACCUGCUUCAGGAGGGCCAAUGGCACCACUUGGCUCUGGUCCUGAACAGAGCGGUCCUCAAGAACUCGGCCUGCUCCGUCUACGUGGACGGCCAGCACAUUCACACCCAGAAGCUGCAUUACAUCUCGCAGAACCCAGGCGGCGGAGCAGCCAAUUUGACGGUAGCCUCUUCCGUCUAUGGGUACAUAGGCACGCCGCCCAGCUGGCGCCGGUACUCACGCCUCACCUGGAAGCUGGGUCCCUGCCACCUCCUGGAGGACGUGCUGAGCCCCCAGACGGUGGCUCAGGUGCACCAACUGGGUCCCCAGUACAUGGGCAGUCUUCAAGCACCGCCAAGCCAGUCUGGAUCGGAGCCUUGCCCUCCCUUAGUAACUGAAGACAAGGUCAUCUUUGGACUGAAUGCCAAGGCAGUGUCUCAGUUGACUCUGGCCAAGAUUCGUAAGGUUUACAAUCGAGCUGAUAAUAGGUCAGUGGCAAGACAGCUAGGAAUGUCAUCUCAUGAAAAUGCCACUCCAAUUCGUAUUCUACAUAAUUCAGCUGGGCAUUUGGGUGGAGCUGCCAGGUCACUCGGUGGAGUCGUUAUUGGAUAUCUUGGUGUCAGGGUAUUUUCUCCACGCCCAGUUGCCAAAGUGGCUGACAGUGUUGGUGGAUGUGCUGUGCUUCUGGGUCUCAUUGCCUCUGCCCAGGAUGUGGAAAGUCUUUAUGCUGGUGUAAAAGCAUUAGUCUGUGUUGUUCGAAGUAACAGAUGUGCUCAGCUUGAAAUGGAUAGGAGAAGGGGAUACCAAACACUAGCAAUGCUGCUGCGUCGUAAAACACCUCUCCUUAACUCCCACAUACUGCAUCUUACCUUCAGUUUGGUUGGGUCUGUGGAUUCUGGCCGUGAAAGUUCAUGUGUCCCUAAUGCCCAGGCUUUCCAAGACCUACUGUGUGAUAUAGAGGUUUGGCAUCAAGCACCAGGAGAACUAGUUAAGUCGCUAUUUGAACAUCUUCUGGAGUUAGUGGCAGAGUCCAGCGAGAAAAGAACUAAUUUGCGGCUUCUGCGAGACUUGAUGCUGGUUCCGCGACUUCUCCAUGUACUACCCUCUGUGAUGACAGGGCCACCUCCUACUCGUACAAUGCUUCUGACUCUCUUGGGAGUGUUGUUGGCUGGCAAUCCUCGUCCAGUUGAUCUGCUGCAUUUUGGACAGUUGAUAACUGCAACGCUAUCUAGUCCUGCCAUUGAUGAGAAGAGCCUCGUCUUGGUGGAAGUCACACCUGUUUCGUGGGAGCAGGCCCAAGUUAACACUCAAGAAAACACAUUGCAUGACCCUGUGAGCUGUGUUCUUUUACGCAAUCGAUGCCUUCAAAUGCUCCACUCCCUGUUGUUUAAUGCAAGGAAUACCAUCAAUCAAGCCUUCUGUAAUGAGAUUGUCCGGGUUCUUGGUCUUGAUUGGGUGCUGUUGUGGACACAGCCCAACCUUCAUCCAAGCACAGUAGUAUGGGGUCUCAGAAUCCUCGUUGCUCUUUGCUCCAACCCCCUCCUCCUUCAAAAAUUCCGUGAGGGUUCUGCCUCAGGAGGAUGGCUCCAGGACACACAGCGCUUACAAGAUAAAAUGGGAGGCCUGCUUGGCUAUCAACUAGGAACUUCGCCUGGAGCACAGAAAUCUCAGGAAAUUCGUCUUGAUGCUGUUCACGUGCCAGGAUUCCAACGUUUGUCAUGGCAGUUACCUUAUCAUCUAGAAGUCCCAGAAGUAUACUUUCUUAUCAUGGCUCUUAUGAUGGGUCAACCUGUGAAACUUCUACCUGCAGAUUCAAAGCUGGAUCUUGACAAUGUCUGGAAUUUCUUAUUUGGUAUGCCUGCUGGGCAGUCUGUGAAUGCACUUGCUGGUAAAGUAUCACUUUGCCCCGAAGCUGUCACCACACUUCUUACCAUGGUCAGGGCCAUGCUAAACCAGGAAGGAAAGAGUCCUGAAAGUUUGCCACAGUGGCUCUGUGACUAUCCAGUUACAAUCAUACAGUUCCUCUUCUUUUUAUACCAAAACAUGUUGGAUUUCAAACCAGUAUUCAUGAGCAGUGAAGUUUUGAACGCAUUGGCUGGAACUUUGUUCCCACGCGGUCCUGGAAGUGAGGCCAGCAGUUGCACCAGCUCUCCAGUGGAUGAGGUCUUUCCUCCUGAUGACUCCACAGUUGUCAUUCAUUCUCCUACCAAAGAAGGUGCUCUCACAUCUCAUCCCGCAAGGAAAUUUGUGAUGGAUUUCCUCCGUGUUAUUGUAGUGGAUUCGUUAUCCCUCCCUGUGUCAGGAAAAGGCCCGCCUGUCAUUGACCUUGUUUUAAAUGCUUCACCAGACAGUGCUUCAAGCGCUCAACAUACAAGAUAUCAGACUGAAGUGUUGAGUCUGCUCAUGGAGCAUUUAUUGGCUGCUGAUGUUCUUGUUGGGGACCAGGCAGCUUUGUCCAUAGUAUUUGGCGGGGCUGCAAAUAAUGUUGCUCCAAAUGUUUGUUACCUGGCAGCUCGAGUUGUUGACAAACUUUGGCAGGGAAACCUAACAAAGGAUCCCCAUGAAGUCUUUGAUUUUGUUGUGAAACUCAUUUCUCAAGCAAAACGUCGCCCUGGAGGCACUUCUCUGGAAGGUCUUUAUCAUUGCUUGAACCGAACAAUACUUUUCCUGUUAUCCCGUGCAACUGAUUCCCUUACCCAACAAAUGUCGGUUCUGGAAGCUCUACAUAAACUCACCACAAAUCGGGGGCUUGUAUUUGGUGCUGGAAACCAUGAAUUGGACUUCGUUGGAUGCCUCACUUAUUGUCUAUUACAGCUUACAUCUGAUAUGAAAAUAAUGCUUGAUACUAAUAUAAAAACAACAUGGCAUGUAAAUCCACAAGUUGAUGAUUCAGAUGAUAAGCUGAACGCACGCCAAGGCCACAAUUUGAUGGUUGUUGCUGCCACUCGUGUGUGGGAGGAACUAUAUGUUUGUAAAAAGCCCGCUAUUGAAGAGGUAUUUAAAAUAACACUUAACUCACCCAAUAAUAAAGCUCCCGAGUUGAGUUUGGUCCGUGACCAAGUUUUUGAGGCUGCUCACAAGGUCUGGCUAAAUUAUGUUGACAUGGAGCGCAAGGCCACAUGUAAAGUGCCUUGGGAGCUUCACAAUCAGAUCCAGUCUAAAAUCCAAAAAGUUACGGGUGGCCUCACUCGAUUGGCAAGUCGCACUAAAUCAAAGAAAGAAGAACCAACCAAAACCAGAUGUAUGUUGUCUGGCUCAGAAAUCCAAUCAUGUGCUGAACAGCACAUUGGUUUGGUGCGUGCUCUUGUAGAUGUGCGUCGGAAGGACUUCUCACAACACAUGAUACACAUGCAGCGUAUUGUGUACGAAGAAUGGCUGGAAACAGAGACGGAGCUUACUCGCGAGCGGGGGCUUUGGGGCCCUCCAGUUGGGAGCAGGCUUGAUAAAUGGAUGCUGGACAUGACAGAAGGUCCUUGCCGCAUGAGAAAGAAAAUGAUGCGUAAUGACUUGUUUUACAUUCAGUACCCCUAUAGACCAGAGCUGGACAGUGGAGACAAUAAAUCUCUAAAAUACAAAGUAGCAACCAGCUGGGAUAGUAAAGAUUAUUAUCACAAGUAUCGUCCUCGGGGCCUGAUUGACCACGAAAGGGAUAAUAUGAUUGAAAGUCAUACUAAUAGAGAAAAAGACAAAGAAGUCGAGGAAACUGAAGACAGCAACUCAAAUAUGGAUGAUGCUUCUGCCAUCAGAGGAUUCCAGAGUAUAGUUCGGCACUCAGUUAACAGGUCAGUUUCUGAGCCUGAUGAUGCGGCUGAUGAUGGACCUGAUAAUACUGAUGCUGAGGGUGAAGCUCAAGAUCAAGAUUCUACAUCUGACAACCAAACCCUGAUCCGACUUCUAGAACACCAAGAAAAGAUAAGUUACAUGUUCCGCUGUGCUAGAAUUCAAGGUCUAGACACUAUGGAAGGCUUGCUUCUCUUUGGAAAGGAACAUGUCUACAUUGUAGAUGGUCUCACUGUCGUACGUUCCCGAGAAGUCAGAGACAUAGACUCUUUACCACCUAAUGUUCAAGAGCCUAUUUUACCCAGCCCCGGCCCGGGUAGCCCAACUCGUGCUCGAUCUAUGAGACACUCUUACAAGUUUCAUUAUGAGGAUAUAAGAGAGGUGCACAAAAGAAGGUAUCUGCUUCAGCCUAUGGCACUGGAAGUUUUCUCCAGUGAUGGGCGUAAUCAACUUCUGGCCUUCCCUAGAAAAAUUAGGAACAAAGUUUACCACAGGUUCCAUGCCAAUGCUACUGGCAUUGCAGACAGUGCUCAGCAGUCCGUUGCUGGUCAGAAGCGGACUGCGAAUGUGGAGCAAGCUGCUGGUCUUUUGUCCAAUCUAAUUGGCGAAACAUCUGUAACUCAAAGAUGGGUGCGUGGUGAAAUUUCAAACUUCCAAUACCUGAUGCAUCUGAACACUCUAGCAGGCCGUUCAUACAAUGAUUUGAUGCAGUAUCCAAUUUUCCCCUGGGUUCUGGCUGACUAUGAUGCACCUGAACCCGAUUUCAAUGAUCCAGCUACAUUUAGAGAUUUUUCAAAGCCCAUGGGUGCUCAAAGCCCAGAUCGACUACAUCAAUUUAAAAAGAGAUUCAAAGAGUGGGAUGACCCACAUGGAGAGACACCUCCAUAUCAUUAUGGCACACACUAUUCUUCAGCCAUGAUUGUUUGUUCAUAUCUUGUACGAAUGGAACCUUUCACUCAGCAUUUUCUACGGCUGCAGGGGGGGCAUUUUGAUUUAGCAGACCGUAUGUUUAAUAGUGUCAGAGAGGCUUGGCUUUCCGCCUCUCGCCAUAAUAUGGCAGAUGUGAAAGAGCUUAUACCAGAAUUUUUCUACUUACCUGAGUUUCUUACUAACUCUAACAACUUUGACCUGGGCUGUAAACAGAAUGGGGUACAGCUAGGGGAUGUAGUCCUGCCUCCAUGGGCAAAAGACGAUCCCCAGGAAUUCAUUCGAGUUCAUCGUGCUGCUCUGGAGUGUGAUGCUGUUUCUUCCAAGCUGCAUCAUUGGAUUGAUCUUAUUUUUGGCUACAAGCAACAAGGCCAGGCAGCAGUUGAAGCAACCAAUGUUUUCCAUCAUUUGUUCUAUGAAGGCAAUGUGGAUAUUUAUAACAUUGAUGAUCCUUUGAAGAAAAAUGCAACCAUAGGUUUCAUUAAUAAUUUCGGUCAGAUACCAAAGCAGCUUUUCAAAAGACCUCACCCAGCCAAAAAACUCAAUGGGGGCCCUUCAACUCCGGGGCUGAGUUUGAGCUUAAGGGAAACUCCACUUCCUUGCAAUCAGAAACUUUUCUUUGACCAAUUGGACAGCCUUGUACCAUCUUUACAGCCCAUCAAAGAGCUUAAGGGUCCAGUGGGCCAGAUCCUUUGCAUUGACAAAAUGUUGUUGGCGGUGGAGCAGAACAAGGUGUUGGUGCCGCCUUCGUACAACAAGUACUUGGCUUGGGGCUUUGCAGAUCACUCCUUGAGAAUUGGUCACUAUGACAAUGACAGAACAAUUCUUGUUUGCGAAGCAACAGGAGAAAGUAGUGGAGAAGUAGUCGCUUGCGUUUGUCCCUCAGCUAAACUUGUGGUGACUGCUGGAACUUGUUCGGUGGUAGCAGUUUGGGAGUACAACCGCCGUCAGCUGAGAGUCAAGCAGUGUUUGUAUGGCCACACAGCAGCAGUCACUUGUUUGGCAGCUAGCCCAGCUUACAAUGUAAUUGUAUCAGGGUCUCGAGAUUGCUCUGUCAUUGUUUGGGAUCUGUCCCGUCUCAUAUUUGUACGGCAACUGAGAGGGCACAGUGCACCGAUCGCUGCUGUGGCAAUCAAUGAAAUCACCGGUGAUAUUGCCACUUGUGCUGGAACAUGGCUACAUGUGUGGACCAUAAAUGGCAUUGAGCUCGCCUGUGUCGACACAGCUGUGGGCCGCGCUGACCGAAUGCAGCAAAUUCUUUGUGUGGCCUUUUCCCAGAUGCAUGAGUGGGACUCAAAGAAUGUCAUUAUGACUGGCUCUACUGAUGGUGUUGCAAGAAUGUGGUCCAUGGACUAUGUACAGGUCCCCAAAGACGAAAAACUGACAUCAAUUGACUCAGAUGCCAGCCAAGAGAAAAAUGAAAAUGAUGCUCCAGAAGUUCCCGUGGGGAAAGAGGACUCACCAUGUGGAGAACCGGUGACUGAUAUUGUGAAAAGACUGAGCUCGGUAGGUUUACUAGCAAAGAGUGGAUCGGAGAGUAGUCUGUCUGAUUCUGAAGACAAACAAAACAAGACACUGGCCAAAAAAGAAGUGGAAAACAAAGAUGAAGAGAAGGAGCACUGUAGUGAUGGAGCGGAUGAGGGAGACAACUCUGCUGCACCAACCAAUGUAGUUGCCACACCUAUGGUCAGGGUGAGCUCAUCUUCAGAAGUGUCAAACAUUGCGGGGUCCGACAUUCCCCCAGUGCGCGUCAGGCGUAGGUCCUCUGCCGCCCGUGCUAACGCUCAGUACAGAAAGAGUGAGGGUUGCUGGUUGAGUUCAGAUAAUCCUGUUGCCAUGGAAAAGAGCAUUGACUGCUUGGAUCCAGACUCGGCCCUGGGCGGGGCGGCACAGCGCAUACGAGCCAGCAAGAGUGACACAAGCCUCACAGACUCCUUCGUCAUGGUCAGUGGAGAGGGAGAUGUGGAUGAAGAUCAGCCUGAUGGAGUUCUACGAAAAUCUAGUGUUCAGAAUGUUUUAAGAGAUGGAUUCAAGUGGCAGAGACAGUUGGUUUUCCGAAGCAAAUUGACCAUGCACACUGCAUAUGAUCGAAAGGAUAAUACAGAGCCUGCUUCAAUUACAGCCUUAGCAGUUUCCAAAGACCACCGCACAGUAUAUGUUGGUGAUGCCAGAGGCCGAGUAUUUUCAUGGUGUAUGUCCGAACAACCCGGUAGAGGUAUAGCAGAUCAUUGGCUGAGAGAUGAGGGUGCAGAGAACUGUGUAGGCUGCAACGUCCGAUUUAACCUUUAUGAACGUAAACAUCAUUGCCGCAAUUGUGGACAAGUUUUCUGUUCCAAGUGCAGUAAAUUUGAAUCUGAAAUAUCUCGCCUACGAAUACUAAAGCCUGUGCGAGUAUGCCAGGGAUGUUAUGCUACAUUGCGAGGAUCCAACCGAAACUCCGCAGGAUAUUCUUAG